AUGAGUGAUUCAACGAAAAAUGGCACCCUUUGCGAGCGCUGCAGACUUCUCAGCUUUGACGAUCUUGCACUUGGGGGUCAGGAAGUAGUAAACAAAGAUGGCAUUGCACGACUUCGUUUCCCUGAAUCUCGGAUCGAAUCACGCCCUCGGAGUUGUCCGCCGGAGCUUUCAUUUUACCGACUGGUCCGCCUUGAUUGGAAGGUCGAGGACAUCCUCCCUGACAUGCCGCGUCUAUCCCAUUCCUCUCAGCUCGGCUGUCCAUUCUGUCAAGCUUUACUCAGGUCACUAGAGGACGCAUUUGCGAAAGAGGCAAGAACCGGUAUCAUACACGACGGUGCGCUGAAUCUGGUUGCGUAUCUUUCGCUAGUUGACGAAGGUAUCGGAGGCUUGAUAGUGGAGGCGACUUCGCCACGUUCCAAUCAGAGCUGGCAUGACAAAAGGUUAGAAAUUCAAGCUUUUUUCCAUAUUGAAGCAGACAGUAAACUAAACAACCAAAGUAUGCUGCACUAA